AUGGAAACCGCGCUCCUCGCCGCAGCCGAAGAAGCGCACGGCUCGCCCUCAGUAUCCUCCGCCGCGCUCGUCGACACAUCAUCUACAGCCGAAGUGGUCUUCUUCGACUACGGCGUCUUGGUCUUUUUUGGAUUGCAAGAGGAGGACGAGCGGAGCAUUCUGGACGAUAUUGCGAAUGCGGGCGCGCUGAGGCAGCCGUGGGCGGAGGAGAAGUGGGAGGUCGAGGAGCUGCAUUAUACGUAUGAUCGGGCCGUGCCGAGUCCGAGGAUAUACAACGACUUUUUCACGUUCAAGAACCCUUCGCAUCUGCCCACGCUCGCACAUGCUCUCGCACAGUCGACACUAUUGGCGUACUAUGAGUCCCUCACGGCGGCAAUACUAUCAGAUCCAGCCACAAACUUCAUCCCCCGCACCCUAGCGCUCGAAGGCAAACUCUCCAUCUCCCGCACAAACGCCAUGCGCCUCACCGGCCGCCUCUUCCGCCUCCGCCGCAACGUCGUCCUCAUCGGCAACGUGCUCGACGUGCCCGACAUGUUCUGGGAAGAGGCGAGCCUGCGUGGCUUGUAUGAUGCCGUGCGGGAGUAUUUCGAAAUCGGGGAGCGCGUGAGGGGCGUGGAGGAGAGGGUUGCGGGCGCGAGGGAUUUGCUGGAUGCUAUUGAUGAGCAUCUGAAUGGGAGUGCUAUGGAGAGGAUUACUAUCAUUAUCAUCUGGCUCAUCGUCGCGGCAUGUCUCGUCGAAGUAGGAGAAGUCGUUGCACGGCUCAUCGCUCACGCAACAACAGCCAACUCUCCCAUCCCACACUCGACCUUCGUCCGCGGUCCUCUCGGCCUGAUGCGAUACGCGGUCUCAAGUACUCCCUCUUCGACUCCCAAUGCGGAUACGCUAGUGCAAAAUGUGGUGCCGAGCGCGGUGACAAAUGCGUCCAGCGUCGCGGUGGGAUACGCGGACAGGUUCCUGGAUUUUAGUGAGAUGAGUAGGGAGGAGGCGUUGUAUGCUGUUGAGAUUAUGAUGCGGGCUGCUGAGAAGUAG